GGGGUAGGCUGCGCCCUUUAUAAGGCGGCUACCCGAGCCGCUGACGUCUUUCGAAUUGGGGACUGAGCGAGUUCUGUUGUUGGUGCCGCUGCUGCUGAGCUGCAAAAAACCCAAAAACCAACAAGCAUCUUUAUGUCCAAAAAACUGCAACGACUUCGUGAUCAUGACAUAAAUCCCUGUUUAGCAGAAACAGAUGCUUCUAGAAAAUGUAUGGAUGACAGUAACUACAAUAAAGAUGUAUGCUCCAGCUAUUUCUUAAAAUACAAAAAUUGCAGAAAGUUUUGGCAUGGGAUUUUGAUGCAAAGAAGAAAAGAUGGAAUAAAGCCAGAAAUGCCUACAGCAGAAGAGAGAGGCAGGAUUCUGGCAUCAAUGGAAAGAGUACCAUACUAAUAAUGCUGUGUUGCUGUUUAAAGAUAAACACUGGUUUCAUUUUAAGCAAGAGAUUUGGAGCGGGUGUUGAAACGAAUUAUGGUAGGUAGCUCUUUUGCUGCUGUUCUCUUCAGCACCAUUGUCCACCUUCACAUUUGAAUUUCUGAAGGAUAACAUAUAUAGCGUGUUGGAGAAAAUGUCAGUAAUAAAUGGAUUUUGUAUUA